GGCGCAGUCAAGUCACCACCGCCGCCACCACACUCGCCACGCCAGUCGCCACCUUCCUCGCAGUCGCAGUGAGCCGGUGAUGGACUCCAACUGUGCGCAGUCCAAGUCUUCGCCCCCGUCCAUCUUCCUCCACCUCGCGGGUGUGCAUUUCUCCGUGUGUUCCUUCUUGGCUAAGGAUACUCCUACUCUGAGCACCGCCCCCCCAGCUACCAAUUUGUCCAUUUCCCAUGGCUUCACCCACAAGCUCCAACUGAUUUCCCCUAGCACCAAUUGCAGCUUGUCCGGUUCCUCCCUUCCGCCUCCGUGCAUCUGCUUCAGUAAUUAGCCCCCCAUUCUGCUCCGUCGCCGCACAGAUCCUCCAAUUCGUGCCCAAAUCAGGUUCUUGGCCGACCAAAUCCAGGCCUCGCUCGGCGUAGAGUGAGGCAUUCGGCUCGCGGCGGGCGGCGAUGGAGUUCGUGGCGUCCAUCGUCGACACGGCGUUCCGGCCGCUCAAGGACUACUUCGCGCGGACGUUCGGGUACGUCAUGUCCUGCGCCGACUACAUCGACGCGCUGGGCCACGAGGUGGACGAGCUCAAGAGCAAGCGCGACGACGUCAAGCGCAUGGUGGACGCCGCCGAGCGCCAGGGGAUGGAGGCCACCAGCCAGGUCAAGUGGUGGCUCGAGUGCGUCGCCAGGCUCGAGGACGCCGCCGCCCGGAUCCACGCCGAGUACCAGGCGCGCCUGCAGCUCCCGCCCGACCAGGCGCCCGGCCUCAGGGCCACCUACCGCCUCAGCCAGAGGGCCGACGAGACGCUCGCCGAGGCCGCCGGCCUCAAGGACAAGGGCGACUUCCACAAGGUCGCCGACGAGCUCGUGCAGGUCCGCUUCGAGGAGAUGCCCAGCGCGCCCGUCGUCGGCAUGGACGAGAUGCUCCAGGAGCUCCACGCCUGUGUCCGGGGCGGCGACGUCGGCGUCGUCGGCGUCUACGGCAUGGGCGGGAUCGGCAAGACCGCGCUGCUCCACAAGUUCAACAACGACUUCCUCAUCGGCUCGCAGGACAUCAAUGUCGUCAUCUACAUCCAAGUUGGCAGGGAGUUCAGCCUCGACGACAUCCAGAAGGUCAUCGGCGACCGGCUCGGGUUGAGCUGGGAGAACAGGACGCCCAAGGAGCGCGCUGGGGUGCUAUACAGGGUGCUCACCAAGAUGAACUUUGUGUUGCUGCUGGACGACCUCUGGGAGCCACUCAACUUCCGGAUGCUCGGCAUUCCGGUUCCCAAGCACAACUCCAAGAGCAAGAUCAUCGUGGCGACGAGGAUGGAGGACGUGUGCAACCGAAUGGAUGUCCGUCGCAAGCUCAAGAUGGAGCGCCUGCCACCGAUGGCCGCCUGGGAGCUCUUCUGUGACAAGGUCGGCGAGCACCUCGUGCGUGCCGCCCCAGAGAUCUGGCGCCCGGCAAGGGGAGUGGCCAUGAAAUGUGGUGGGCUGCCCCUCGCGCUCAUCACCGUCGGCCGGGCCAUGGCAAGCAAACACACUGUAAAAGAAUGGAAGCACGCCAUCACUGUUCUAAAUAUUGCCCCAUGGCAGCUUCUUGGCAUGGAGUUGGACCUUCUUAUGCCUCUCAAGAGCAGCUAUGACAACUUGCCCAGUGACAAGCUAAGGCUCUGCCUGCUGUAUUGCUCGCUGUUUCCAGAGGACUUCAUCAUUUCCAAGGAUUGGGUCAUAGGCUACUGCAUCGGUGAAGGUUUCAUAGAUGAUCUAUACACUGAGAUGGAUGAGAUAUACAACAAAGGGCAUGACCUUCUGGGUGAUCUCGAGAUUGCAUCUUUGCUGGAAAAAGGUAAAGACGACGAACACAUCAGUAUGCAUCCCAUGGUCCGCGCGAUGGCUCUCUGGAUAGCAUCAGAAUUCGGCACAAAAGAGACCAAAUGGCUUGUCCGUGCCUGGGUUGGGCUCAAGGAAGCACCAGGUGCAGAGAAAUGGAACGAGGCCGAGCGGAUUUGUUUCAUGCGGAAUAACAUCGUGGAGCUGUAUGAGACGCCUAAUUGCCCUCUGUUGAAGACCUUGAUGCUACAAAACAACGCUGGGUUGAAAAAGUUGUGCGACGGCUUCUUCCAGUUCAUGCCAUCUCUCAGGGUAUUAGAUCUCUCGCACACCUCUAUCACUGAAUUACCCUCAGGGAUCAGUGCAUUGGUUCAGUUGCAGUACCUUGAUUUGUAUCACACAUACAUCAAAUCACUGCCAAGGGAGCUAGGAUCACUGGUCAGUCUGCGGUUCCUGCUGCUCUCACAUAUGCCGCUUGUAAUGAUCCCAGGUGGUGUCAUAGAUAGCCUCAAAAUGCUGCAAGUUCUGUACAUGGACUUCAGUUACGGAGACUGGAAAGUUGGUGAGAGUGGAAAUGGUGUUGAUUUUCAGGAGCUUGAGAGCCUACGCAGGCUCAAGGCAAUCGACAUCACAGUACAGUCGGUCGAGGCCCUAGAGAGACUGGCGCGGUCAUAUCGCCUCGCCGGUACAACAAGAAAUCUGAUGAUAAAAGCAUGCGGUGGCCUGACAAAGAUAGAGCUCCCUUCAAGCCACCUCUGGAAGACCAUGACAAACCUGAAGAGAGUGUGGAUCGCAAACUGCAGCAAUCUAGCGGAGGUGAUCAUUGACGGCAGUGAAGAAACUGAUUGCCCCAUUUUAGAUCCCUGUGAUUUUAUGAGGAUGGGUGAAGUUAUCGAGUGUGAACAGCCCGCCCUUGAUAGCCUGCAGGGUAUCAUCCUGCAGAGCCUUCUGAAGGUAAAGAUCGUCUACAGGGGUGGGUGCGUCGAGAAUCUGUCAUCAUUGUUCAUCUGGUACUGCCUAGGACUGGAGGAGCUCAUCACACUCAGCGAUGGAGAUCAAGAAGCAGCGGCGAACGAAGACGAACAAGCUGCAGGGACUACUAGCAAAGUGAUCACGCCCUUCCCUAAACUUAAGGAACUGUAUCUCCAAGGCCUACCAAAUUUGAGGGCGCUGAGCAGUAGCGCAUGCAUGCUGCGGUUCCCGUCACUGAAGAGACUCAAGAUCGUCGAUUGUCCAAGCCUCAAGAGGCUUAAACUUGUUGACGCGGAACUAAAGGUGAUACAAUGCGCGAGGGACUGGUUCGAUGGGUUGGAGUGGGAUGAUGAUGAGGUCAAAGCAUCUUACGAGCCACUGUUGGAUGAAAGAUAUGAGUGAAUUCAGUUUUUGUGCAUUAUGUUGGCCCAAAAUUUCAGAGAUACAUUUCCCCUCGCUUAUGCCGGGCUUUUGCGUCUGGCAUUCGACGGGCCUUUCUUGGCAUUUCGAAGAAAAUAAAAACAGGUUUACUCCACCCCUUUUUAUACUUUUCAAAAAAGAUGCUUGGUGUUGAUCAAUCACUGAAUUCAGGGAUUGAUAUGCCCUUCAGAUGUGUCAUCAUUCUUCUGAGAGAUUAUACUUUUGUUUUUGUGUGGACUGGACUAUGCACAUCUGAUGAAUGGAUCGUAGCAGUGAUCGGCAGGUGUUGGUAUGAAUAUAUUGCCGGUACCAA